CGUCGUCUACAGCUUUCUCUGACUAGAUACCUACGAGUUGGUUUGCAGAGGGCGAGAAACGGCGCAGAACGGCGCUCAGUCCAAUUACUUGCGCUUGCUCCGCUCCCGGGGCGCUCCGGUAUUGAAACUGCGGUAUUGUUAGUAACAUUUUAGUUUUUAUCAGAGGUGGUGACAACAACUCGCAAUUUUCUCUUUUUGUAUGUUUGGAUAGAUUGUUGCCAGUUUUUCUUUUCUUUCCUUUUUUUUAAACCAGAUGCUUAACAGCCUGUUUGGCGUCGCAAGACAGAGGAGGAUCGGCAUGACUGAAACAUUCAACAUGCAUGAAUAGUUUUCUUUUCGCAUAGACACAUUUUGCCUUCAGGAUGUCGCAUGUCAAGAGUGACACUAUUAUUAUUAUGAUGUUAUGUGAUCCGGUAGCGAGAAGCCCGAUGAGCGCGUGAGAAGCGCGGCACCACAGCUGCAGCAGCGCGGACCUCGGCGCCUCCCGGUAACUAACUGCCUGGCUAAAGAUUGCCAUGGAAACAUGCAGUUUGAGAGUGAGAUGAGAAAUGAUUGAAAGAAUCAAUGUCUAAGGGAUAACACAAAGCAUGGCCACAGCAGCAAACAUGAUCGUGUGAAGCUUGGUAAUCCAAUUCAUUCUGGCCAAGAACAACAUAAUGAGAGGGAAGAGUGCACUCAAACAGCCUUCCUGUUAAACUGGACCCUGUGCACACUUAGAAUUCACAAGAAACCAUCAUAGACAUAAACACGAACGUCCUGAUCUGCAACUUUGGUGGUAAUGAGCCGACUGUCAGGUCGCCUGCGUUCUGGAGGUGUUCGUUUGGCUUGUGAGGCACUGGCUGACAAGGACAGCAGUGAUAUUGAGGGUCCCUCUCCAUGGGAGGGCGAUGAAGAGCUUGCAGGGACAUCUGUAGGAACCUCUGACUCUGAUCCAGCCAGCUCGCUACAUUACAGCUUUUUUUCACCUCCUUCGUUGGCUAAUGGCCUGCGGAACCAUGAAGACCUGCUUCACCGCAGGGCACGGAGACGUAGGAAUACAGAAUAUGUGGAGCAAAUACACACAAAUGAACAAAUGCACAUGCAGCAAAACACACAACCACGAAUGCACACACCCCACCAAUCACAUUCACUCACACAUACAGGCACGCACCUGCAGCCCCAUACACACAUUCCAAUGGAUAACCAUAUGUGGUUGGACACAAACACACUAACACAGGACCGCACACAAAAAGGCAUGUGCACGCUUACAAACACUGGCUCCUCACUUGUGGAGCAGGACCCCUCUCUUAUCCCAGAGGACUUGUCUUUAGGUCCCAAGACUGAAACACACAAUCUUAAUGUUCAGUCAGACCCUCUGUUAAACACCACCACUCCCCCAAAGAAUCUGACCACUCCUCAAUACAACCCUUCCUCUUUAGUCAAGGAUGAGACAGAGCACAACUCUACAUGUAAGCCAGAAAUGGAUCACACCACCAACCUUGAUCUCAUUCGUAUAACAGGCCAAACCACUGUCAUGACCUCAGUGGAGGCUGAGAGGAAAUAUACCCUGCGUAGCUCUGGGCGACCGCGUUUCCCCUGUCACCUUCGAAAAUCAUCCCGUUUACGUAGAGCUGCUGAGGAAACUAUGUUCAAAAGGGAACAGGACCAAAAGGAGGAGGAAGAAGAGGAAGAGGAGGAGAACAGGGUAUGGAGAACAGAAGACAUUAGGCCAUUGGAGGAGCAUCCUCCAGAGCUGGGUGUGCCUGCCUCAGCCUUUGACGAUUUAACAUUACCAGCCAUAUCAACAGGUGAUACACCAAAUCAUAGCAUGAGAACAUCAGAGGGACAGAACAUUGUUACUCACCACUUAGCUAGAGGAAAGCGACAGGGACGUUAUUCAGGUGUGAGAAGGAUUGUGGUGAAAGUAGCCAGAAUACCUGUUCACAUGAGCCGCCGACAGAAAAGCUACAAGAUAUCAUCCCUGGAGCCGGUGUGUUCUGGACCCCGUGGAGAAGGGGCCACAACAGGAGAGGGUCCUGAGGGAGGUGUAGGAGGUGAUCCAGUGGCUAAUGUUACUAAAGAGCCAACUGCUCUUCUCCGCAUGAAAAACAAUGGGAAAAGCGUUAUGGUAAUGUUUCCACCUGGAGAGUUGCCUGUUAUUUUAAAGCGACGAAGGGGACGCCCUCCUAAACAGGCAUUACCAGGACAACCUGACAUGCACGAGACCAGAGCUGGAGCAGCGUGUGCUGCAGAGCCCAAAAAAAUACGGAGAAGACGAACAGUAAAGCUACCAUCCCCACAGCCCUCAUAUGUUAACGAUACCAAUGAUGUUAAGGUAGAAUAUGCAGAUGUUCUAUCCAAACUGGCCUUUCUGAACAGGCAACCUCCUAGCACAGGCCGCUGCUCGCCUCCACGCUGUUGGACCCCAACAGAGCCUGAGACUUUCCACAUACCACCAGAAAAUCCUUCACUUUCCACUCUCUUGCACCGCCUCACACGGUUCCGCAGAAGGGGGGGCCGGGCAGGCUGUAUGGGAGGUAGGGGAGGGGGGGCUGCUGGAUCUUCCGACUCUUUUAAGAGAUCCUUUAGUGAUUUCUUUGAAACAAUUGGAAAAAAACGGAAAAUCCCCACAUCUGAAUCAGGAACUCCCCGAAAAAGAGGCAAGGGAGUUGCUGGAGGAAUAACUAGGGCAGCUUUAGGGGACUCUCCACAAGUGGAGAAGGUUAAAAAACGGCGUGCACGAAAAAAUGGGUCAUUAAAAAAUGGUCCAGGUUCUCUAGACCAAGACUGGCAAAAUAACAGUGGCUGGACAGAGAAAGGUGACCAAGAAAUUUCUGAGAAAGCAAGUUUUCAGAGUUCUUGUUCACCUCGUGGAGGUUUUCACAACAGUGAGGCAGGUAAGGGAGGAAUGUACCACAGCCCUGGCAUGAGAGGAGUGGGCAGCGGAGAGGAGUCUCAGGGAAUGUUUGCAGGAUACUUUCGCUCUCUACUUGAUUCUGAUGACUCCUCCGACUUGUUAGACAUUUCUAUGUCCAGUCCUGCUGGACGCCAGGAAAGCCGUAAACUAACCCCAGGUUAUGAAGGUGGGAGCCCAGGUGCAGCACAUCGUUGGUCUCCUGCCUUUCCUAAAAGAAGUCCAAAAGGAGCUGCCUGUCUUGGGGAAGGUGCAGCUUUAUCAUCACCUCAAGCUCUAAGCAGCUCAACAACUAAACCUUCAUAUGUCUCACAGACAUCUCCCACCCCAUCCUUUCCUAAAUCCCCUGCACUCUUGCUUUCCCGUUCACCAAGUUCUCCCCAUUUAUCUGGAGGUUUUCCUCAAUAUCCACCUAAUUAUAGUGCUGGAGUCCCUCAAGGGGGAAGCAUUUACCCCCUCCCACAGCAGCAGCAACAACAGCAAAGACCAAGCGACUGUAGCUUUACAUAUGGCACAAAAACCCCCUCUAUUCCCUCUGCACAGAGUCAGAUGAGUUAUUCUAACUACCAGGGUUCUGCCAAGCGCAACUUUAGUGGAUAUCCAGGUCCACCUCAUUCAACCAUACAGCGAGGUGACUCUGGCCCAGCCUCACCAAGUGGAAGUUAUAUGUCAAUGUCAAAAUCUAGCCCUUUCUCCUUAUCAUCUUCUCCCCCAGAGGGUUGCAAACAAUACAGCUCCACAGCUCAGUGGGGAUACAGACAAGGCGGGAAUCACUGGGGUGGUGAUGCAUAUGGUUCUCAUCCGUUUCAUGGUUACUCUGACUAUGGGGUAGCUGGAGCUGGAUCAGAAUCCAAAGACAUUUUGGACAUCUCGAACUACACACCCCAAAAAGCAAAACAUCGUCCCUGCCCUGACACACUCUCUGAAUCCUCCUCAGACUCAUCUCAUACUGGUGGAGGGAGUAUGGGUGUUAUGGGGGGAGCAUUUCGGUCAAGAGAAGUUCCUAUGCCUGAGGGGCAGUCUAGUCUUUCAAGCCUGGAAAAGCUAAUGCUGGACUGGAAUGAAAAUUCAGCAGGCCCUUCUUAUAACUGGAGUCAGAAUGUACUAUUCCAAGGGGGCUCAAAACCAGGUCGUGGCCGUAAAAAAACGUCUGAGACACACAGUGAGAGAGAAGCAUGCUCUAUUCCCCCAGGAUCACCUGCCAGCCCACCUAUGCAAGGAGGGCCAAAACGUAGUGCAUCAGGUGGAAGACAGCCCAGGGGAACCAGAGGCAGGGGAGGAUUUUCUCCUUGUCAAAGAGAGCGCAACCAUCCACCACCAAAACCAAAAUCUCAAAAGCAUUUAGCCCCAUCAGGGUCAGGGCAAAUGGGUUCAGGUGGUGUAUACCAGGAAGCGUUGGACUACUACAGUGGAGAUAGUUGUAGCCUUUCACCUCUCAGCCAUGCCCCAGAGUCCUGUGAAUACCCCUCCCCAUAUUCUGCCCACACUUCUACUCCCUCCUCAGAUGAGCGAUUUACUCAUGUCUAUCCUCCAGACUCUGCCUCUGUUUCCCACAGUUUAUCAAAUCAGUCAGAUGUCCUAAAGCAGUACCCUAAAUCUGGUCCUUGCUCACAAACAUAUGGGCAUGCUGCCAGGACUUUUAGCCCAACUGUCUCCCCAACCCCUCGCCUCUUAGCACAGUGUGGUUCUGCCAUGAGUCCACACCGUGUCUCAAAAGACCAGUUUUCCCAGUAUGAUUCCCCAAGUUACAGUGGCUCUCCAUGCUGGUAUGGGCAAGGAGGAAGUGUUACUGGCAGCCCCCAAAGCUAUGAGGAACAGCGAACACCAGCAGUCCCUUCCCACAAACGAGACAUGUCAUUGAUGGUGUCUGGGAUGAGAGUCCCUUCCCAUACAUCUUAUCCCUCCCCUUUACACAGAGGGCCUACCGUUUCAAGUUCCUGUGUAAGUGGAACUCUGGACUCUUCCCCUCAGCAUGAAGAUAUGGGUUACCAUGGUAACUUGGACAGCUAUGCACCUGUUGGACAACGUUAUACACCCCAGACAGCACGGGGUGGGGUACUCUGCCAGCUUCUUGACCACCCCAGUGAUGAAGGCUUCACUGUCACCAGCCUGUAGCUGUCAUUGUCAUGUUCAUCCUGAAAAGAUGACAUGGACAGUACCCUUUUCAUAUUUUUAAUAUUUUUUAAUGGAUAAGCUUUGGAAGAUACUUCCUGAGUUAAGACUGAAGAGUUUCAGAGCUAUGAACUAAAUAAAGACUUCUUCAGCAGUGACAAUCAAGAUCCAGAUUCAUACACAUGCACCAACAUACAAAUACAGAGAUACUCUUUCUUGAAUGCAUUUACUUGUACUGAAACUUUCAUAUGCUGACCUGCAACCGCACAUGCAAAUAGACUCUCACAAAUGAACAUUGCUGCACAGCUGGAACUAGAAACAUUUUUAAGGAAAGAAUGGUCACUGCUAGUAUAAGGAAGAAACUAUUAGAUGAAUAAGCAGGGAACAACCUAUCCCAUCAGAGUACACAGGUGCAGAUGAGAUUUGCACAUAUACACAUUUCAGUUAUAUUCAAAAGAUAAUUUAAUAAGAGAGACCCACAAAACGUUUUUGACAACAUCCUAAACUUGCUUCCUUUAUUUCUGUUUUAGUCUCUGAUUGUUGCUGAAGAGAUAAAUUACUAAAGAUCUGCAUAUAUAAAUGAUGAUUGCACAAACUCUGCCCUCUUCUCUCUUUAAUUUUUUUUUUAGUUUUUUAGUUUUGUUUUGUUUUGUUCUUUUUUGUUUUAGACCAGCAUUUGUACAUAAGCUACUCAAACCGUUACACCACUUAAGGAGCUCACUGCAAUGAAGACACAACAGAUACUCACAGUCCUUCUAAUGGAGACAUGUUCGCAGUGUCAUGAGAUUGUGUUAAAACUGCUAUAAAGACACAUAAGGAGAAAUAUCAUUUUUGUGGCUUUAAAUAAUUCAGCUUGGGUAUGUGCAAGUACAGUUUAAGUAAUCUUUUUAUCAGUGGCCUGGUCUGGUUCCACAGAAAUAUGUCUAAAUUUGAAUCCCCUCAACCGUCACUCUGGACCUGCAGCAUGGUCACCUUGUGCCCAACAUCCCGGUCAAUUGUGUGUUUUCAUCAUCACAGGAGGACAGAAACCCAUGCACUGCCCCAGAGAGAUGCUGUCCUUGACAAGAAGUUGAGAGGCCAGGGCACUUUUGAUCCUGGAUUUAAGGUCUGGAACUCAGGGUGUGGACAAUGCAUAUUCUCCUCUUUUUCUUUCUACCCUCUGUUCGUAUUUCUUGUGGUCCGCUGUGUCGUACAGUGAUUUUUGUGAUGAAAUAUUGUAUCUGUCUGUUCCAUAUACUGUAUCUGAGGUGAAAAUAUUUAAAUACACAUUCUGUUCUGAUCUUUGUUUAA